AUGUCAAAAGCUAUAGGUAUUGAUUUAGGUACAACUUAUUCAUGUGUAGCACAUUUUGCUAAUGAUCGUGUAGAAAUCAUUGCCAACGAUCAAGGUAACAGAACCACACCAUCGUACGUUGCAUUUACAGACACCGAAAGAUUAAUUGGUGAUGCAGCAAAGAAUCAAGCUGCAAUUAAUCCUAGCAACACUAUAUUUGAUGCUAAAAGAUUGAUUGGUAGAAAACUCAGUGAACAUGAAGUUGUUGAAGAUAUUAAACAUUUCCCCUUCAAAGUUAUUGAAAUAGCCGGUAAACCUGUAAUUCAAGUCGAGUAUAAAGGUGAAACUAAGACUUUCACCCCAGAAGAAAUUUCUUCAAUGGUUUUAAGUAAGAUGAAAGAGACUGCAGAGAAUUAUUUAGGGACAAAAAUUAAUGAUGCUGUUGUUACUGUUCCUGCCUAUUUUAAUGACUCCCAAAGACAAGCUACAAAGGAUGCAGGUGUUAUUGCUGGUAUGAACGUUUUACGUAUUAUCAAUGAACCUACUGCUGCUGCAAUUGCUUAUGGGUUAGAUAAGAAAGGUAGAGGAGAACAUGAUGUGUUAAUUUUUGAUUUAGGUGGUGGGACUUUUGACGUUUCCUUAUUAUCUAUCGAUGAAGGUGUCUUUGAAGUUAAAGCUACAGCAGGUGAUACUCAUUUAGGUGGUGAAGAUUUCGAUAAUAGAUUAGUAACCCAUUUAGCAAAUGAGUUUAAGAGGAAGACACGUAAAGAUUUGACUUCAAAUCAAAGAGCUUUGAGAAGAUUAAGAACUGCAGCAGAACGUGCCAAGAGAGCACUAUCAUCUUCUUCUCAAACUUCUGUUGAGAUUGAUUCUUUGUUUGAAGGGCAAGAUUUUUACACAUCAAUCACUAGAGCAAGAUUUGAAGAACUUUGUGCAGAUUUAUUCAGAUCGACGUUAGAUCCUGUUGAAAAAGUAUUAAGAGAUGCAAAAUUAGACAAGAAUCAAAUCCAUGAACUAGUCUUAGUUGGUGGUUCCACAAGAAUCCCAAAGAUUCAGAAAUUAAUUACUGAUUUUUUCAACGGGAAAGAACCAAAUAGAUCUAUUAAUCCAGAUGAAGCUGUUGCCUAUGGUGCAGCAGUUCAAGCUGCCAUUUUGACAGGUGAUACAUCAUCAAAGACACAAGAUCUAUUGUUGUUGGAUGUAGCUCCAUUGUCUAUGGGUAUUGAAACUGCAGGUGGUAUAAUGACUAAACUGAUUCCAAGAAAUUCAACCAUUCCAACUAAGAAAUCAGAAACAUUCUCGACAUAUGCUGAUAAUCAACCUGGUGUUUUAAUUCAAGUUUAUGAAGGUGAAAGAACAAAGACAAGGGAUAAUAAUUUGUUAGGUAAAUUUGAACUAUCUGGUAUCCCUCCUGCGCCAAGAGGUAUCCCUCAAAUUGAAGUGACUUUCGAUAUUGAUGCGAAUGGUAUCUUAAAUGUAUCUGCCAUCGAAAAGGGAACAGGUAAAUCCAACAAAAUCACCAUCACUAAUGAUAAAGGUAGGCUAUCUAAGGAUGAUAUUGAAAGAAUGGUUUCUGAAGCUGAAAAAUAUAGAGCAGAAGAUGAAAAGGAAGCAGAACGUGUUCAAGCUAAGAAUCAAUUAGAAACAUAUGCAUUCCAAUUAAAGAAUACAGCAAGUGAGGCCGCUUUUAAAGAGAAAGUUGGAGAAGAAGAUACUAACGCCUUGACCAGCGCUGCCCAAGAAACCAUUAACUGGUUAGAUGCUUCUCAAGCUGCUUCCACAGAGGAAUACCAAGACAAACAAAAGGAAUUGGAGGGUACUGCUAAUCCAAUAAUGACUAAAUUCUAUGGUGCUGCUGGUGGUGCAGGCGCAGGUGCAAGUGGUAUGCCAGGCGCCGGCGGUCCAAUGCCAGGUGGAGGGCCAACACCAGGUGGAGGUGGCCCAGGUGGUGAUUCUGGUCCAACAGUUGAAGAAGUUGACUGA